AUGGCUGCUAGGACCGGGGACGAGUCGUCUUCGUUGCUUGCUUCCUCUGAGCCCUCGCUGCUCUCGGCCCCCGACCACGACGAAUCGUUGCCUAGUGUAGCCAAUCUUCCCAGUACCAACAAGACUCGUCGUAGAACAGGUGACGCCGACCGUAGCAGCACGACGCUCGGUGUAGCCUCUGGUGGACAGGAAGAAUGCCGCUUCGAGGCAAGAUUCGCCGCAAGUGGCCUUGACCCUUCUACCGCUGGUGCGCCACUGUUUGACAGUUCAACCUCUUCGAGCAGCACGCUAGACGAUAAUGAAGCCUCUGAAGACGAAGGCCUACAAGAUAUGAAGACUAACCCCGCCGAUAACUCGCCCUAUGCCCAAGUCAGAGCAUCGGUAGCUGCUACCGACGACUUUUCCCUUUCUAUUGAUACCCCACGCAUGUGGUUCCUGUCCAUCCUAUUCUCUAUUGCUGGUUCUUCAACCAACCUGUUCUUUUCCCUACGAUACCCUAGCGUCAGCCUUACUCCUAUCAUUGCACUCUUACUCGUCCACCCUCUCGGUCUGCUUUGGGACCAACUUUUAAAACGACACGAUGAUCCCGAAGAAACUUUCAUCGAUGGAUCUGUCCAAAGAACCCCCUCACAAACAAAAGUCACCUGGAAUCGACGGUUUGGAAUUUCAUCCGGCCUUGGAUUGUUUCCGGUGACUUUCGAUUGGGCGCAGAUUGCUUACAUAGGAUCCCCCUUGAUUACGCCUUUUUGGGCCGCAAUGAAUAUUCUCGGCGGUCUUGUAGGCGUCAUGUGGAUCGCGGCGCCGAUUAUGUACUACAAGAACGUACUCUACUCUUCGUAUAUGCCCAUUCUCUCAUCUGCCGUUUGGGAUAACCGCGGAAAGCCGUACGAUGUCAGCAAGAUCCUGACUGAUAACUUCUUAUUUGACGAAGAAGCGUACAAGCGCUACAGUCGAGUCUACCUUCCGAUCACAUACGUCUUAAGUUACGCACUCCAGUUCGCCGGUCUUACUGCCCUGCUCUCGCAUACUGGAUUGUGGUACGGCAAGGACAUUUGGAGACAGUGGCGCAGCUCAUGGGCUGAGAUCCGGAAGGAAGCGGCAACAGACUAUCAGCCAUUAAUGAACAACUCGGAGACCAAUGGUCGCACCACAUCCCCAGCCAUGCUUCGGCACAGGCCUAGCACAACCUCCGACCGGGACGUUGAGAAUCUGCUAUCCGCAGAAGAUGUACACAACCGGCUCAUGCGGCGAUACAAUGACGUACCGAUUACCUGGUACAUUUUGACUGGUAUCAGUAUGACAGCCGUUGGCAUGUUCGUUGUCGAGUACUACCCUGUUCAUCUACCGUGGUACGGACUUUUACUCGCACUUGGCAUAGGUGCAGUCCUGUUCAUCCCCAUUGGCAUCGUAAUGGCUAUUACGAACCAACAGAGUAGCAUCUAUCUCAUCUGUCAACUGCUUUGCGGCGUCUUAUUCCCCGGCCGACCCGUCGCAAACAUGGUCUUUACGACCUUUGGCUACAUCUCGGCUACCCAAGGUCUAAAGUUUGCCUCGGACCUCAAGCUAGGUCACUACAUGAAGAUACCGCCAAGAAUCCUCUUCAAACUCCAGUUAUCCGUAACCAUCAUAUCCAGUCUAACGCAGAUUGGUGUGCUCAAUUGGAUGCUAAAUAACAUCCCCGGUAUCUGUACACCAGAUGCUAUCAACGGUUUCAACUGCCCCAUCGCCCGCGUCCACUUCAACGGCAGUAUCCUCUGGGGUGUCGUCGGGCCCGGAAAGUUCUUCGGCCCAGGCGCACUCUACCAACACCUUAUCUGGGCCUUCCCCGUCGGAGCCAUCGCACCAGUCAUCAUCUACCUUCUCGCACGCGGAAAUCGCAAGUCAAUACUCAGCAAAGUGAACCUCGCAGUCGUGUUCGGCAGCUUGAGUUGGAUCCCGCCAGCGACCGGUCUCAAUUUCUCCGUCUGGGCCAUAGUAUGCUAUAUAUUCAACUACGAGAUCAAGAACCGCAGAAACGCUUGGUGGAAGAAGUACAACAUGAUGCUCAGCGCAGCAUUAGACUCCGGGCUGGCUUUCGGAGUGGUUGUCAUAUUCUUCGGCAUUGUGUAUCCCGGCUGGAUGAGCGGGUUCAAGUGGUGGGGUACUGAGGUGUACAAGCAGGGCUGCGAUUGGCAAGCCUGCCCUUACAAAGAACUGCCCAAAGGCGAGACCUUCGGGCCUAGAAAAUGGUGAUUACUCGCGACGGACUUUGUUAGAGUUAUUGGAUGUAGUAGACGUGUUGUAUGUCGGCGUUUCUUGGAGUAGGUGGGAUAGAUGAAGACUUUGGUCUGGAUAGACCGACCAAGUUGUUUGUUGACAGACAUCUUUACAUGCGCGGCUUACUCUUAUCAACAUCAUUAGACUUUCUUGAAUGAUAUCAUUGAAUUAUCCUUA